CAUUCCCGCAUUGGCUGUGCAGCCAACUCCAAGGCGCUUUGCGGGACUCCAGAGCCGAACAUGGGGUGCAGUUUUGUCAACGUCUGCCUAAAGACACUUUGAAGAAUUCGAAAGUAUGCAAGAUCCCUGCUGAAGAAGGAACAAUGUGUCGGUUUCUGUGAAGAUUUCACUCAUCUCCAUCCGCCUGCUUACCAGAAAAGUUGAGAGAGAGAGAGAGAGAGAGAGAAAGAAAGAAAUAAAGAAAGAAAGGGGAAAGAGAGAGAGAGAGAGAAAGAGACGGGAGGCUUUACUGGAAACUUUCUCAGUCCCUGGAUCCUCUGAGCUCUUCCAAGGACUCCAGUCAGGGAGUUUCAUGCUGAAUAUUUCUCCUCUACCCUGAGGUCCAGGCUGUAAGGGGAGCAGUCGGUCUCUGAGCUCCAAUGCCAGUGGACAUGCAGCCACAUCAGGGGCUGUAUUACUAUGAGACCUCACCCAGCCAGCCCUCCAGAGGCAUUGUGCCAUCGGACCAGUCUCCCUACAGCGAUGUGUCUCCCCUCCGAGUCCUGCACCUCGACGGCCCUCCCCAGGACUGCCACACUAUGUACAAUCCCAUGACUCCCAGUAUGGCUCAUGGAUCUGGAUCAGGUCCGGUUCAGGGAAACAGCCACUGCUUGGAUCAAUACAUGAGGCCUCCUCAGGCCCUUCCACUGCACAAUAUGAUGGGCCACAGGGGCAUGCCUCCCACAGAGGGUAGCAAUAGCGCCCCCUACUGCAACCAGAAUAACAUGAUGUCGUCACAUCCCAACUUCUGUCAGCUUCAGCCCAGCUCUGAGCAGAUCGGCUCUGGUGACGGCUCAAGGUUCUCCACACCUCGCUCUAUGUUGAAGCUGAGUAAAAAGAGAGCCCUGUCCAUCUCACCUCUGUCUGAUGCCAGUGUAGACCUGCAGACCGUCAUUCGGACCUCGCCCAACUCGCUCGUGGCCUUCGUUAACUCUCGCUGUAACCCCAAUGGAGCCAGCUCCUAUGGUCAUCUGUCUGUGAGCGCCAUGAGCCCAUCUCUGAAUUAUUCCAGCAACAUUAACUGCCACUCCAGACAGCAAGGGUCCAUAUACGGAGGAAACGGUGGCACACCUCUGGGUGUUCACACACCAGGUCCUUGCCAAGCUUCCCGUUUACCGCCCCACAAUCCCCGACUCCUCGUUCCACCUAAGCAUGGACAUCAGCUGAAAACAGAGCCAGGUCUGGUAGGCGUGAUGGACGGCAUGAAUGUAAAGAACCUGGAGGAAAGGUCAGAGGGAGAUGUAGCCAGUCCUUCCUCCACCGGCACUCAGCAGGAUCAUCUGAUGGGCUUGCUGGAUGGCAGAGACGACUUGGACAAGGAGGACGGGAAGCCGGAGCCGGAGGCCAUCUAUGAGACCAACUGUCGCUGGGAGAGCUGCAACAAGGAGUUUGACACACAAGACCAGCUUGUACAUCACAUAAACAACGAGCACAUCCACGGAGAGAAGAAGGAAUUUGUCUGUCAUUGGCAGGAGUGUUCUCGAGAGCAGCGGCCUUUUAAAGCUCAGUAUAUGCUCGUGGUUCACAUGCGCAGACACACAGGAGAGAAGCCGCACAAGUGCACUUUUGAAGGCUGUAAUAAAGCCUACUCUCGCCUGGAGAAUUUGAAGACCCACUUGCGCUCUCACACUGGGGAGAAACCAUAUGUAUGCGAACAUGAAGGGUGCAAUAAAGCCUUCUCCAACGCUUCAGACCGGGCCAAGCACCAGAACCGAACUCAUUCCAAUGAGAAACCAUAUGUUUGUAAGAUCCCUGGUUGCACUAAGCGAUACACAGAUCCAAGCUCUUUGCGUAAGCACGUGAAGACAGUACAUGGCCCUGAAGCCCAUAUCACCAAGAAGCAUCGAGGAGACACAGGCCCACGACCCCCUGGCUCAGCUCUGACCUCUGGAGGCCAAACAUCGGAGCUGCUCCUCGAAAAGGAGGAGACAUGCAGGGAAGACUGCAAAUUGUUGGCACCUGAGACUGCCCUGAAGUCCCAGCCAAGUCCUGGUGCUCAGUCGUCUUGCAGCAGCGAACGUUCUCCACUGGGGAGCACCAAUAACAAUGACAGUGGAGUGGAAAUGAACCUAAAUGCAGCAGGAAGCUUGGAUGAUCUCACAGCUUUAGAGGAUGGAGUUGCAGGUGGAGGAAGUGGUGGAGGAGGGGAGCCAGGAACAAUGGGAAUGUCUGCGCAGGCUCUGAAGCGGCUGGAGAACCUGAAGAUUGACAAGCUAAAGCAAAUUCGAAGGCCGACUCCUCCUGGCCGCUGUGCCAGUAACAAGCUUCCUGCCAUUUCUGGUUCAGGGGACAACAUGGGAAUGUGUGCACCUUCUCCACUUAAUCGACGAGUAAUGGAGCUGUCCAACCACGAGCUCGGAGCUGGAAAUAUAGCAAACUCUACUAAUGACAGGAGAGGAAGUGGUACAAGCAGCCUGAGCUCAGCAUACACAGUGAGCCGUCGCUCCUCUAUGGCAUCCCCUUACCUAUCUAGUAGACGCUCCAGUGAUGUCUCACAAAUAGGAGGGACAGCAGGGGGCGGCUGUCACCUCCUGAGUCCAGAACAAGCUGGGGGAGACCCUCUUUCACCUGAAACCUAUCGUAGAGGAGCUCCAUGUCCCGGAGGUGGAGGGUUACCAGGUCUCCCCAACUUAACACCUGCUCAGCACUACAGCCUGAAGGCCAAAUAUGCUGCAGCCACUGGGGGACCUCCACCCACUCCUUUACCUAACAUGGAGCAGUCUGGUACACCAGUAAGAAGGGGGGGUCCUUUGAGUGAGUACCAAGGGCAGCCUUUACCUCCUUUCCUCCAGCAAGGAGGUCCUCGGCGGCACAGUGCCAACACAGAAUACGGUACUGGAGUUAUCUACCCUCACCAGGCUCCAGGUAACAACACCAGGCGGGCCAGUGAUCCGGUUCGAUCAGUAGCAGACCCACAAGCUCUACCCAAACGCUUUAACAGCCUCAAUAAUGUGGCCAUGAUGGGCCGCAGAAAUGCACUACAACUUCGUAGCUCUGACACAGGUCUUUCCCGCCACAUGUACUCCCCACGUCCACCUAGCAUCACAGAAAAUGUAAUGAUGGAAGCCAUGGGUAUGGAGCCCCAUCUCAACACUGUUGAUGCCAGAGAUCGUUCCAUGAUGAUGACCCCUGUAGAGAGAAACUUUAUGAGUUUCCAGCAACAGAAUCAGACAAUGGGAGGUGGAGGUCCACUUCCAAACCAGCUGUCCCCGAGCCAUGACUCUCUGGGCUGCCCGGAUCCCGCUUACAUACAGCGGCAUUAUCAGGCACACGGAGGAGAAGUCAUAUCCAGAGCAAGUGGGAAUCCAUUAAGUCAAGCAAGACCUACACAGCCAGAUGGGAUGUCAAAUACUCUUCUCCAACAGGCUGAGUAUGGCAUGAGCACCUGCCAGCUGAGUCCUUCCGGUCCACAUUACCCAGGCAUAGGUCAGGGCAGUGACAGUGGGGGUCCUUGGAAUGACAACCACAACCAAAUCCAAACUUCAAGCCAUGCAAUUCAGAACCAGCAGUCGGUGCGGUUCUCAGAUUCCAGUUUGCAGCCUCAACAAACACAAGCUCACUUCAACAAUCAGACAGUCCUCUACAAUAAUUCUGAUGGCAAUCACAAACCUUUCAUCAAGCCCGAGCAACAGUUUCACCCUGGUAUGGGUGGUGGAGAUGCCUGUCAGAGUGCGAAGCUCCAACAGCAACGAAUCCUCCUGCAGCAAACACAGACUUACCCCCAACAGAGUGGUCAAGUGUUGAUGAGAAACUCUGGCCACCCAAGCUGUGAUUUUCAAGGGCAGAACCCAGGUUCGUACCCUAGUGGAGGUGGCUUAAGUUUGGGCUGUGCCGGUUCUGCGCUGUCAGAAGGCCAAAGGUCAGAAACCCCAAUGAUGCAGGUGAAAGAGAUGAUGGUGAGGAAUUAUGUGCAGUCUCAGCAAGCACUCAUGUGGGAGCAACAACAAGAGCAAGAGCAGCAGAGUGGAAUAAAACCAACUUCUCUUUCUGACAACAUGGGUUUGAAUGCUCAAGCAGCAAUGAUGCAACACAGCCCAGAGCACCAGAAUCAAAACCUGUAUCCCAACCAGAUGUAUCCCCCUUACCCUGAACAUAAUCUGGUAAUGAGCCCUGCUGCCCACAGCCGAGGAUCCACCUCAGUUACACCUAAAGAUCAGCACCUGACAGGUCUCCAGGGUACAUGCUACAAUCAGGAAAUGGUUGUGCCCAGGCCACCUCAGGGACACAAGCCUCUCAGCCGCCAGAAUAGUCUGCCACAGGUAGGAGGGGGUUACCUUGGCAGUUCCCCCCACCAGAGCCCUGUACACUCCACUUCCAGCCCCAGACGAGGGGUUCGACUUCCACCUGUCCAGCAUCCACAGCACCCUCAAAAUGAAAUGUUUUCUCCCUCCAACAACAACAACAACAUGUACUAUACAGGUCAGAUAAAUAUGAAUAUGGAAAAACACAGGGACCCCCAGAAUGGACCUUGCCUUAACCAGCCGACCAAUAUGGGACCGCCAAACCUGGACCCAGCAGGUGACACCAAGUCUGCCCCUAUGGCUCCCUAUCCAGAGUCUAGUCCCAUCUCGAAUGCCUUAGAAAACCUGGACUUGGAGAAUGCUCGCAUUGACUUUACUUCCAUCAUCGAUGAAGCUGAUUCUUCCUCAUUUAGUCCAGUCAACAAUCCUCUUCAAGGUCUUCCAGGAUCAUCCUCCCAGGCUUCUUCACGCCUCACCACCCCACAAACGUCCGUCAGCCUGACUCCAGGCACUGGCCUGUCCAACAUGGCUGUGGGUGAUAUGACAUCCAUGCUUACCUCACUGGCUGGGGAAAAUAAGUACCUGAACACUCUGUCUUAGGGGACUCUAGGGCAGCUUAGCAUGCAUUAGCUACAGAAAAGCAAUAAACCUUGGCCUUGUUUUUGUUUUUCAAAAUCAGAUUCUGUCACUUUGAGGGAUUUUUGACUGAAGGUUUAGCCAGACCAGAAAGACUGUAAAGUGGAACUGUUCAUAAAAUGGAUCAAUAGUACUAAAACCAGCAAUAAUAACUUACUGGAGACUCAUGUAAAAAGAUUUGAUAAUGUAUUCUAAUAGGUUUUGGGUGCAAGUUGAGGCAAAACUGCUAAUACAGUCUAAUCACGUUUAAAAAAAAUAUGCAAACCACCAUCAAAAACCUUAAAACCAAAGGUGCCGGCUUUUCCCCAUUUAUAAUUUUCCCCCUGCUGCCUUGGUACUGUUUUUCUGUGCCUUAGAAUAAGUCAAAACUGUUUUUUGAUUUGAUCAUAGGAUGCUGAACAGUUUUUAGCAAUCGAAAAGGGCUUUGGCAACAGUGGAGCAAAGAAGGAUUUAUGUAAAUAUGUUUUAUAAAUAUAUAUAUAUACAAAAUGUGUAUACGACAAUGAGACAUUGAAAGGUUGUCUUUUGAUAGUUUGCUUGAUAGUUUGCUUGAAGCUCAAUGUUCAGGGGUUAGUAUUUUUUGUUUGUUUGAAGAGACAAGAAAGCUAUGCUUUUAGUGAUUGACAAAUGUUUCUCUUGGCCUUGUAAAUCUUCUGUGUUACUCUUGAUUUCUUCCUUUUCUGUAUCAACACAAUCUAUACCAGCAACAUAUCAGUAUUCCUACAUAUGCACCAUUGCAAAGCAGUCACAUGCAUUGUAACCCUUACACCUAUCCCUACACACUGACACUCAGGACUUGUUUUGACUCUUUAAUGUUCACACUACAUGUAUGUUUGACUUGCCUUUCCAGACAGAGUUUGCACUCCACUUGUUUACUUUAAGUGUUUCUAAAGCAGCUACUUUUUUAUCAGGUGUCUUUAUAACAGAAUGUGCCUACCACUUCUGAGGUACAGAAUGUGAGAAAAGCUCAAUUAGUACAUUUAUGUUUACUGGCAUCCUUAUUGACGGUGAUAAAAAGCUUUAAAAUGAAUGAAUCUUUUAUUGCAGUGUCUUAAUCUCACAUUGAAAUGUCGAAAAAAUGAAUUUGAGUACAUUUAUACAGGCUUUAUUUUUUAUUAUUUUAAAUAUAUACAAUGAAACUGAUCGACAACUUUCUCAUUAUUGCAUAAAAGCAAUGAAUAGGAAGAGUAAAUAGUAAGAUACAAGAGACAUAAAGAAAAAAUGACAUUAAACUGUGUUGCUAUGGAAAUCAACAGUAAUACUGCACAGAUUAAAUUGAUUUCUCUAAACUAGAUUUAGGUGUCUUACUCAUUGCUUAUGGAUAAAAACUUGUGUUUAUGUAUCUUCUGACUCAGGUGUGAAACAUUUGAGAGGAUCUUCCUUGCCUUGCUAAGACAGCAGAAGGUUACAGGUUUUUAGAGAGCAGAGAGGGCAAAACCAUGAUUUUCUAUGCUGUCUUAUUGUGAUUUGGAGCCAAGGUUGACUCACAGAAGUAGUCACUUUUUGUGUCAAAAUUUACUAUUGAUUGAAAUACCAAAAUAAUCUGGCAUUUCAAUCAGUUCAGGAUGUCUUCCACUUAAGGCUUUCUGACACUUUUGAAGUUAAACAGCCUAAUUACUGAAUAAAAGUUUCUGCCCUCCCAAGUCAACUUUUAAUAUAAAAUAUAUACAAAAUAAGGCUCCAUUACAUUUAUUUUAAAGCAUGUAAAUAAUGUAUUUUUUCAGGAUGACAUUUUGCUACUGCAAUAAAAGAUGCAUAUAUUUUGGAACUUUUGACACAUCCUUUUCAGUGUUUCUAGUAAAUGUGGCCAGCAAUAACAGUGAUUUAUAUAUGGCAGCAUGUAUGUUUAAACAGACUGCAUUUUCUGUACAAUAAUCUAACCACCAGCUUCACACAGGACUUAGCUGAGGGUGAUAGUAACUGAGGAUAUUGAGUUAAUGUGUAAUUGUUUCCUAUAUUUUAGAAACUGAGGUACAUUCAUAGGACAACCUACUGCACUUUGGCUCUAAUCCCAAAGAGUUACAUUCUACAUAACUAAUUCACAAAAAGGCUAAUCCUGCUAUCACUGUAGUAAAGUGUUUAUCAGAUACAGAGAGGUACCGGUACUUUAACAGUUGAGCUGUAUCCCAGGAAGAAAGCAGCAGCUCUUUUUAGUAAAGUGGUUUUGCACUGAUUACAGCACUGUUUGGAAAAUAUCCCUGUGUCUUUCAGUGACUCACGCCAACCUCAUUUACAUGACUAUACAGACUUCAUACAGUUUAUGAUUAGGUCAGAGAUCUGAGCCUUUUUAAGCUUGCUGGGGCCACACUAAAGUAUUUCAUAAAGCAUGACUAUUCAGCAGAUCACAGUAUUGUCACUUCAGCCUUAGCACCAAUUAAUAUUUCCUCAGUUUGGAAUAAGUGUACAUCAUACCAAAGAUUCAAGGUAACAGAGGAAAAGAUGCACAAAUAGAGUAUUAAAGCUCAACACUAACACUACCCCAAAGUACAUGAACAUUAAUUGUUAGUGCUGUCAUGUAGAAUGUAUAUGUUUUGUACAAAAUCUUUUUAUAUUAAUGAACCUUAUGAUUGUUGCCCGGCGUGUGUGUGGGUGUGUGUGCGGGUGUGUGUGUGUGUGUGGGGGUGAUUUGUUUUUUGUUUUCUUUUUUGUAACUGUUAUCCUUCAUUCUGACUUAUUUUGCUGGCAAAAGAUUAUCACCUUUAGCAAAACAAAGCUAUUUUAGUAGCAAAAACUAAUAGAAUAAAGUGAAGUGUUUUAUUUUCUGUACAAUUUUCUACAUUUUUAUACAUAUGUGCUAUAUUUUACCAGUUCAUAAAUAAACCUGCAGUUUGAUAUGGGU